UGGGUAGUUGGACAGUGGGAAGACUGCGACGUGACGUGCGGCGGAGGAUGGCAAAUCCGGGAGAUCUACUGCGCUAAACACAAGAAAGCGAACGGCGAGAGUGUCGAGUCUCACAAAUUGGAUGAAACCUAUUGCUGGAAUCAAAGGAAGCCGGUCGUAAGGAGAGCGUGCAACACUCAGCGAUGUCCGAAUUGGGAGGUCGGCGAGUGGUCACAGUGUUCCGCCACCUGUGGCAGCGGUUCGCAGUUCCGGCGAGUAGUCUGCCGCCAGGACAGAAUCACCGAUUUCAGCGCCGCGGCGUGCGACCCCCGUACAAUGCCGUCAGAGGAACAGAAAUGCUUCACCGGCAUUACUUGUGACGAUGAGGCGAAACGACAAGGCAACUUGGCUGCUGAGAACUUUGUAUUCGGAGCAGAUAAAAUGGUGUUCAAACUUUCUCCUAUAUGUCAAAGUCAAGGAAGCUGGCUGGCCGGGCAGUGGAAGGAUUGCAGCACGAGUUGCGGUGCAGGCGUUCGCAGCAGAGAAAUCCAUUGCGUUGCGUUUCAACCCAUAACGCAGAACGUCGUCAUCUUGCCUGACUACGAAUGCGAAGCGAAGGUAAAACCGCGAGACUUUCAACCCUGCGAGCUAAAGCCGUGCCUUUACGACCCUAAAACGGCCACCAUGAGCCAGGCGGACAAUGGUGCGCGGUCGUACAACGACUACCGCUGGGACUUCGGAGAAUGGAGUCAAUGUUCCGCUUCGUGUCUUGGAGGUUUGCAUAGGAUACAAACGCUCUGUCUUUGUUGUGAAAUAAAUGUCUGCGUUAUUUCAGGGCGAAAAACGGCCAAUUUGAAAUGCAUUCAGGUGUCCACAAGCAGGGAAGUAGCCUGGUCGAACUGCAAUGCGAAACAGAGACCAGCCAACAUGACCAGAGAGUGCAACAAUGUCCCUUGUCCGCCAAAGUGGGAGAUCGGAGGAUGGUCAGAAUGUAGUCACACUUGCGGAGGUGGGGUCAGAACGCGCCAGACCAGAUGCAUUCGUGAAAUAAACAGAACUCCAAACAUCGCAAACGUGCUGAUUUUGUCGGACAGCCAGUGCCCGUCGCCAAAGCCUAUUGAGCAGCAGUGUUCCGUUACUUGUGGCGCUGGAGAACAAAGUCGAGAGAUCGCGUGUGAGCAGGUGCUGAUAGCAGAAGUAAAGCGGUACAACCCGCCGACGCCCUGCGCAGGGUUGCAGAAGCCGCCGUUUAUCCAGCUGUGCAGCAUGCAAGCUACCUGUCAGCCAGAGAACGAUCUGAGAGAGAGCAUAGUGCCGAAAAAGCUUACUUCCAAAAGCAAGCCACGAAGCUUGACGUUGAGGGUUGGUGGAAAAGCGACACUCUACGAGGGUACAAACCUGAAAAUCAAAUGUCCAGUUGGCGUCAAACAAAAGUCCAAAAUAUUAUGGAAGCUGAACGAUAUGCCAAUCAAUUUUACAAGUAAGAGCAGGUUAGAAAAUGCUGGUUACGACAGGCUGCUUUGUAAUGUCGUUUGCAAUUGGCUGACUUAUCGAAUAUGGGUGACAAAAAAUCAAGCACUGCGUUUGGUGCGGGCGAAGUUCGCAGAUGCUGGCGUAUACAGCUGCGAACACCUGAAGGCUAUUCCGCUGUUGGAAGGCACCUUGAUGCAGCAUUCGCUACCCUCAGCAACAACUGAGGUAAACGAAAGUCCAAACGAGGUAACCCAUGAAGACAAAACCGCCGUCACGCUGUCGUUCGUCGGCCUGGGAGAAGAGCAGUCGAACCAGAUCAUUGACAGAAGCGACCAGGAAGCUGCUGCUGGUCAGCAGUUCGACUACUCGACACCACGCACCGUCGAAGAGGACUCACCAACAAUCGUUCAACAGCCCCAGAAGCUGGCCGGUGGUCAGACGGUGGAUUUUCGACAAGUCCAGUGUAGCAUCACGAUCAAUGGCUAUGUCAACUAUGUUAACGACGCGAUUUGCAUUCGAGCUGGAUUUACAAAACCUCAUGACACGCAAUUUUGCGGUCUGCAGCCAUGUCCCGAAUGGUCAACAGGCAACUGGAGCACAUGCGAGAGUGGUCGAUGCAUUAGGUUCUCGACAGCCGUUCAGCGACGUCAAGUUUAUUGUCAGUAUUCGAACGGCACGCGUGCCAAUGAUAGUUCAUGCAACCGAACCGCGAAGCCACGCAUGAAGAAAGAAUGCUUAAAUAGAAGUUGUGUGGCUGAAUGGCGUCCUGGGCCUUGGACAAUGUGUUCGGCAACUUGUGGCGAGGGCGGCCUGCAAAUGCGGACAGUGUCAUGCGUAUGGCACGGAACGCACAAGCCAGCUGGUACCGGAUGCGAAAACGGUACCGCUCGACCAGCGGUGAGUCGUCCCUGUGAAAACCAGCCGGCCUGUUCGCCUUCAACAUUUACUGAUCAGUCGACACCUCUUUUGAAAGGUUUGCGAAAUUGGCGCGGUUGGAAACUGUAUGGCUUGGAUCCCUUAGGCCUGUGACC